AUGCUUGAGCAACCAUGUAACAUCAAUAAUUACUCGAGAAAGAGCCGCGGCCCCGCCGCAGUCCUCAUCCUCCUCCUCCUCCUCUCUCUGCUAAUAGUCAUUGUCGUGCUUUCCCCCAAAUCAUUGUUUUCGUUCGGUUCAUGGGGCUCCGAUCGGAAGUGGCGGGCGUACACGCUCCCCGACGCGGCUGCUUACGUGGCGAGGAACAACACGCUGAUCGUGUGUGCUGUGAGCGAGGCUUACCUGCCGUUUCUGAACAACUGGCUGAUCAGCAUUGCGCGGCAAAGGCAGCAGGAUAGGGUUUUGGUGAUUGCUGAGGAUUACCCCACGCUUGAGAAGGUGAACGAGCGGUGGCCGGGGCACGCGGUCUUGGUGCCUCCUGCUCUGGAAGCGGCCUCAGCUCAUAAAUUUGGGUCUCAGGGCUUCUUCAAUUUUACGGCCAGAAGGCCUCGUCAUCUCCUGCAAAUUCUGGAGCUUGGUUAUAAUGUUAUGUACAAUGAUGUCGAUAUGGUCUGGCUGGCAGAUCCCUUUCCUUAUCUGGAAGGCGAGCAUGAUGUGUACUUCACUGACGACAUGGCUUAUGUGAAACCUCUCGACCAUUCUCACGAUCUGCCGCCUCCAGGGAAAAAGGGACGUACUUACAUUUGUAGCUGCAUGAUUUACCUGCGCCCCACCUCCGGAGCAAAAUUACUUUUGAACAAGUGGAUUGAAGAACUGCAGGCCGAACCGUGGUCUAGAGCAAAGAAAGCCAAUGAUCAGCCUGCAUUUAAUUGGGCAUUGAAUAAAACUGCCGGGCAGGUGGACGUGUACCUUCUACCUCAAAAGGCAUUCCCCACCGGUGGAUUAUACUUCAAGAACAAGACAUGGGUAAAAGAAACAAAGGGAAUGCACGUUAUUAUCCACAAUAACUACAUCAUUGGUUUUGAAAAGAAGACUAAGAGAUUUCGGGAGUAUGGUCUCUGGUUGGCGGAUGAUUACGCCUCUGAGUCCCCCCUCGGCAGAUUGUAG